AUUGACGUUCUGUUCUUUUGACCAAUCAAUUUACACAGACUAUCGUUCCAUGUCUGAUGAGUCAUCAAUGAAAGAUGGCGGCGCCCACGUCCGCCAGAACAGAAGUUUCCACGUUGGAAGCCGAAAAUGAUCACUUCCGUGAAAGAUAUGCCCCUAAAAUGGCCCAGACUGGAACGAGAUUUUACCAGAGACCCGACAGUAGUAAUUUCACCCAACCUUUAAAACGAGACGCCUUUAAAAUUGAUAUAGACGCAUAUGACACGUCGAUGGAUAUUGCUCCGACGUCUUCGAGUUCGACGUCAGAUUUACGACAGAGAGCAGUAUUAAAUGGAGGAACAAAGGACCACAUCACUGGACCAAUCCAGCCUUUUGCCAGACCGCAACAAGGAGUCAUAUCAAAGCUCAUGCAGGAGUUCUGGUCUGUGAUCGGUGAAAAAGAAGCAAGGAGGGUGGUCAUCUUAGGCAUCUUUGACAUUGCCUGUAUGCUGGUGCUUCUACUGUGGUGCCAAUCUACCAAUAGCAUGGCGCUGAGUGCCUAUACGUACCUGACAGUAUGUGACCUAAUGCUGCUGGUGACUUGCCUAAUAACGGUAUGGGUGUCUCAACAGAAACCAGUCUCUGUGUAUUCAUUCGGGUUUGAGAGAUUUGAAGUGCUGUCUGUCUUUUCCUGCACUAUGCUGGCAAUAUUCGGUGCAAUAUUCAUCAUGAAAGAAAGCACGGAGCGCUUGUUUCAGCCGGUUGAUAUCCACACCGGUCGCCUGAUGCUGGGCGCCGGUUUGGGCUUAAUCUGCCACAUCACGGUGACCUACGGAGCCAACAGUAAAGCAUUCAGGCACGUCAUUGAGGCAUCGCGGUCCAGCUGGCUACAGGAACACUUUGCCGAUAUGAGCAGAAAUUUUUGUGCGAUUGUUCCAGGGUUUGAUCGCCUGCUCCUUCCAAGAGUCAACCCUUUCGUCUUGAUUGCCAUGGCAGGUGCCUUGUCCCUGCUCAUCACGGACCUACUGGUGGAUGUCAACAAUUACUUUGUGGCGGACACACUGGCAGCCAUUUGUAUAGCCCUGAUGACAUUUGGUACCAUGCUUCCAAUGAGCAUCUACACGGGUACCAUACUACUGCAGACAUCGCCGACACACAUCAUUGGACAGCUGGACAAGAGUCUAAGAGAGGCCUCGACCCUUGACGGUGUGCUGGAGUUUCGCAAUGAGCAUUUCUGGACCGUCUCAUUCGGCGCCAUAGCUGGCUCGCUCCAUGUUCGAGUCCGCAGAGAUGCAAAUGAACAGAUGGUUCUUGCUCAUGUUGCCAACAAGCUAUCCCACCUUGUCUCAACUCUCACCAUCCAAGUCAUCAAAGACGACUGGACCCGUCUGACUCCUCUCUCCUCCUUCCCAGGCGAGGCCCUGUCCUCCAAGCUCCCGCCCCCGGCACCCCUCAACCCAAACUUUGUCGCCAGUAACCCGGGACUGAACGUGUACUCUGCCGCCGCAACGUUACAGCAGCAGAAGAAGGGCCUGUAUGACUUCCAGAUCCCCACCACGCCGAGCCGGGCCUCCAGUACCCCUUACGGGACGCCCAGUCGAGAUCUGAGCUUCCACUCCGGCAUCGGACCGAUAUCGACCCACGGGGAGUCCACCUCGCCCAUGCUGGACAGAUAUAACGCGGAUACGCAGCUGAAAGGAAUCUUAAGAACAGGCGGCAUGGGGCCCAGAGGGUUACCGCCCAACAUGGCCAACAGUCGGCCCCUUGCCAGCAGCCACAGUGCCGUCAUUGACUUGAACAGCCUGGGAACGGCCAAUCUCUACACGCCGGGGAAAAUCCUGGCGGACCACAAUCAUUUGAAUUUUGACUCAUGAGAGUUUCCCAUUUAAAUUGUUAUUCUCUUCAAAAGUAUCAUCACGCUCUCGUUAACAGACCACGUUAUUUAAAUACAAUGGGUUAUAUUUUAUUGACGUAACUGUAAAUAUGUACAUAUGUAAUUGUUAUUAGCAUUUGAAAACUAAAAGUUGGCGAUAGAGAAACAAAUAUGAAUGUCUCCUUUGUGGUAUUUGCACAGGAGAAAGUUGUCUUUGCUGAUUAUAGCCUUCUCAAAGAAAAUUAAUUGAAAAAGGAACUGUUCUUUACUUGCCUUUUGUCCCUGUAUGAUUGUUCCCUCGGUUUACAGAGUAGGUGAUUGGUGGUAGCUAUU